ACGAGCUUCUCAUUUCGAGUUAGACAUCAAGAAGGUCGGAUCGUGCUGUCGUGUCUCUCUGACUUCUCCCUGGCCCCUGGUCCGUUCUCUCCCUUCCGACCCGCAUUUUCCGCGCUAAUCCCGUUCCAUCGGACACUCCGCCCGCCCCGUUUCCACCCCCUCGUCCCGCCCCUAUAACCGGCCGACAUCGUGGCGGGGGCUGGCCCCGCGUGCAGGGGCGGCCAAGUGGGGCGUUGGGCUAAGGCGACGACGCCCGAUUGCUCGAUUCGAGCUCUCUUAUUACCUGGUGGUUGUAGCUGUUGUGGUCUUGUUGUUGACGUUGGUUUUGGCCGUGAUCCGUACGGCGUGCGUGGUGGUCUGACCACGACGUCGCCCCCGGAUUGUGGAUCCCGCUUGGCACGCGGGCGCCUUUCUUCCACCGAAUUCAUGGGACUAUGAGCCUGGAUGCCCAAUGUUUGGCUCGAGCCAAAAUCGUCCAACUGGUGUCCAGUUUGACAACGCUUCACCCAAGUGGAAAUCAUCGCAACAAUAAGAAUAGUAGUUCCAACCACGCGAUAUCGACUUCCUCUCCAGCUGUCGUGAACCGUGUUUUGGCCGAAUUGUCAAGUACUUAUCAACGUUUUGGGACCGAUCUCGAAGGAUUCGCCCUUCAAAGCCUUCUCCAAGAGUGUCACGUCGCUGUUGGCGCCAAAAACCCGUCAUCCAAGCCAUCGCUUGCCCUUCAGGUCCUUAGCCAAGUGUGUGCCACCUUUUGGAACCGUUCCCAUUUUGCCAGUGCCUGGUGUGGCGCCCUUCAAGAGGCUUCGAUCAAACCCAACUCUCCAUUUUUGACUCAUUUCGCGCAGAACUUGAAGCUCUCGCCUUUGAGCGAACUCGUCUACUUAUUGGCUCUUUCGCGGAGUCCGGAUCAGUCUUGGAAAGAGGCGGCCACGUCGCGAUUCCAAGCCCGACUGACUGACUACGUUCAAAAAUUUGAAUCCGACACACCCCUUGAUUCGAUCCUAGAGAUCGAGAGCUCGCCUGGACUUGUUCAAAUCCUGCUCGAUCUCGCUGGUUCUCGUCUCAUCUCCACUGAAGUCAGAACCCAGAUCCGAGACGGAUUGCAUUCCUUGAAGCAAGUCUCGCCCGAGACUUCCGGUCCAACCUGUGAGUUGGCCCUCGAGACAACCUCCUCGAUCAUCAUCGAGUCCAGAGACCUCAUGAUGUCCUCCGGGGGUCCGUCCUCGGUCCCACCGCCUUCCAAUUUGGAACUGGCCCUCCCCGGCUUGCUCGGGGAGAUCGGGUAUCAGUUCACGAGCAAGCUGGACUCAUGUCGGGCUCAACUGAUGCGUAUGUUGGGCUCGCCCAACAAAAUCACAGCCUCGGUCGUGGCCCGGAUCAUUGGGAUCAUGAUCCGGACCCACACGGGUCUGGAUGACUCGCUGACCCUUCAGAACAUGAACGCCACAGGCACGUCCAUAUGGGAGAAAGACAAGAACGAACCCAAGACGUGGAACAUGGAGGUGUUCAUCAAAGCCAUCCACGAGCUCCAGUCUACUCUGCAUUGGAACGAGAUCACCCUCGAAUUGGACCACCCUGGAUUUGUGGUCAAGGAUCGCCAGGGUUUGAUCCUGUUGAUUGAGGCCCUGAAUCUGGGCUUCAAAGUUCAAGGCCUUCAUCGGCCCUUUCCCGUGGACUCCUUCUACCGAAUUUGGAAACAUACCGAAGGCCAAGUGUCUCUCUUCCAGCAAAUCUUGGUCAAUCCAGACAUCUUCAAUUUCACGGAUUACGUCUACCAUUCCGUGGCUGUGAAUCUCCUGAAGGUCCAGCCGGAUUUCAGCAACAUCGACACAGCCUCGUGGCGAUCCCUGGAGCUCUUGGACACCCUAUUGUCCUUGGCCGAACACGGUCACGAUCAGGCUGUCCGAGACAUGUUCCAGUUCCCCAAGACCCAUUGCCCGGAUGUGCUCACCCUGGGCCUGAUUCAGAUCAAUCCUCCCCUGACCAACUUCCGGACCGAGAUCCUGGCCCAGAUGCUUCAGGUGUUCUUCAACCACCACCAGAACUCCCAAGUGAUUCUCAGCUACGCUUGGGGUUCGGACCUCAAGCUCAAGGGACUCAUGGUUCUGUCCAUGGCCGAUUGGUAUUCCAAGGCCCAGAUGGACGGUGACAACGAGCAAGCCCGUCUCUCACGUGUGCUUGACAUUGCCCAAGACUUGAAGGCUCUCACGAUGCUCUUGAACGCCAAGAAGGUGCCGUUUGUGAUCGACCUGGCCGUGCUGGCUUCACGACGCGAGUUCCUCAACCUCGAGAAGUGGAUCAACGACCAGAUCCGAGAACACGGUGAGGCUUUCAUCAAGGCCAGCAUUCAAUUCCUUCACCGCAAACUCCCCAGCCUCUCUUCAAGCAAUCAUCCCGCGGCGGGUCCCCUCAAAGAAGAACAACUGGUCAAGGCCAACUUCUCGCUGGAGUCCUUGGUGACCAUUCUGGCUUGCCUGCAAAACGUCAUGCGACAGGUCACGCAUUUGCACUCGGAUUUGAAAGACGCCAUUGUGUCCAUGCUUCAGAUGAGCCAACCCCUCGUGGCCAAUCCCAGACCCAACCAACAGCUCCCGCCUCCACCCGCAGCACCCGCCAGCAUUAUGAGACCGCCCCAUUCUCACGUGGAUAGCGGCGGGGGUGCAGGUCCGGCCGGUUCCAUCGGGAGUCCCAUUCGUCCAACACCUCGACAGGGCGGAUUCCCUAUGAACCCCAACGACCCGCUCAUGAACAUCACCAGUCAGUUCAAUAACAUGCAUCUCCCACCGUCGUCGGUGGCCAGCUCCAGCUCUUCUUUCAGUUUGGGAUCCUCAAGCCUCGGUCCGCUCGUCUCAGGGGGCGGGGCUGUCGGUCCGGGGGGGUCGCCCAGUCGGAUCUUUGGCGGGGGUCCCUCCUCAAUGCCGCCGCCCACUUCCAUGGAGAGCGCGGCUGCAUCCGGAAACGCCAACUCUCCGUCCCCUUUCAGCGGGAUGCCACCCAUGCCCAUAGCGUCGGGAUCGUCCUCGGCCCAAUUGGCCCCUGGAGCCAGUUCUGGAGGAGGAGGACCUCCAGGAGGACCUCCAGGUGGGGUUAUGGAUCGCCCCGGGGGCAUUAACCUGUUUGGAGAAGGGGUCGGUGGGGGACCCGGUGGUGGUCCCGGUGGUGGACCCGGUGGUGGCGGCAAUCAGAUCCCUCGGGAAAUCGAGGACGAAGCCAACAGCUACUUCCAACGGAUCUACAACCACCAAUUGAGCAUCGACGAGGUACUAGAUCUGCUCAAACGGUUCCAAGAGUCUGCCAACCAUCGCGAGAAAGAGGUGUUUCAAUGCAUGAUCAAGAACCUGUUCGAGGAGUACAAAUUCUUCCCGCAAUACCCGGAAAAGGAGCUCCACAUCACAGCCCAGCUCUUCGGAGGUAUCAUCGAGCACGGUCUGGUGACACUUGUUCCAUUGGGCUUGGCCUUGAGAUUCGUUCUUGACGCCAUUCGUAAGCCAACGUCAAGCAACAUGUACUACUUCGGAGUGGCAGCCCUGGAUCGCUUCAAAAUGAGAUUAAAAGACUACCCUCAAUACUGUCAACACAUCACUGGUAUCGACCAUUUCAAAGAUUUUCCUCCCCACCUGAUCGAGUGGGUGGAAUGCGGCGUACAAAGUAAUGUCCCACCUGACAAACCAGCUGGUCCGGUGCUGCCCGCCCACAUUGAAGAGACGAUCAAGCUCCAAUCUGCCGGCUUGGCAAGUGCCCCGCCCACCGCCGCGCCCACCGCCGCCACCACCACCACUUCAGCCUCCGCCUCAUCAGGCGCCGUGGGCUCGGGGCCGUCAUCGUCAUCUUCGGGGCCCCAGGGCAACAAACAGCCUCUACCCACGUCGACCGUGGCACCCAUGACGUCGACCGUGGCCUCGUCGAGCACGAUUGCCCGACCCACGGUGACGACCGUGGGCGGACGGCCGUCCAUCGCCAACACCACCAACAUCGAUACCUUGCUGAACGCGCGACAGAAGGCCGUGGCUUUGGCCAUACCUUCGGAGAAGAUCCAGGACAAAGUGGCGUUCAUCUUCAACAACCUGAGUCUUAUGAAUAUGAGUCAGAAAUCGCGAGAGCUCAUGGAGCAUUUGGGCGAAGAAUAUUUCGGUUGGCUGGCCCAGUAUCUGGUCAUGAAACGGGCCAGCAUCGAACCCAAUUUCCAUUCACUCUACGCCAACUUCUUGGAGACGCUCCACAAGGAGGAGUUGUACAAUUGCGUGCUCCGGGAGACGUUCGGGAACAUCCAGAUCCUCUUGGGCAGUGACAAGGCCAUUGCCAAUUUCAGCGAUCGUUCACUCCUCAAGAACUUGGGCCAUUGGCUUGGCUUGAUGACGCUCCAUCGGAAUCGACCCAUCCUAAUGGUCGACCUAGAUCUCAAGCCGCUUAUCAUUGAAGCAUAUCACAAUGGACAACAAGAGCUCCUCUACGUGAUCCCCUUUGUGGCCAAGGUCCUCGAGUCGUGCGCCAAGAGCCGCGUCUUCAAACCACCCUGCCCCUGGACCAUGGGCAUCAUGAACCUUUUGGCCGAACUCAAUCAAGAGCACGACCUCAAGCUGAACCUCAAGUUCGAGAUCGACGUCCUGUGUCGAACUCUCACGCUCAAAUUGGCCAACCUGAACCCCGGGACCCUUCUCAAGGACUACGACAAACUCAAUCGGAUGUUGAACUUCAACAACUUCGGCAUGAGCCAGCCGCCCAUCACUUCCUCCGGACCACCCAAGAGCUCCAUGGAGAACUCGUUCGUGCAAGCUCAUCGCAAACUAGACCACCCGCCCAUGCCUCAAAACAUGGGCAUGGACAUGGCCCCAAUGAUGCCGAGUGGUGGACCCUUCGGGCCUCCGUCGCAUUCCAUGCUGUCACAACAUCAACCUGGUGCUGCGGGUGCGGGCCUAGGUCGGGCAUUGAUCGCCGGGCCCACGGCCAAUUUGGGCAUGAUGGGCUCGUCGGCGUCGGCUAUGAACGAGAGCGUCACCUCCGGAGUGACUGCCAGCUCAGCCGGGUCCACCGGAGAGACCCUUCUUCCCACGUCCCAGUCUCAGGCCACGGCCCAUCUGUCCUCGAACGUGACUCAAUCCGCUGCAGCCGCCAUGGCCGCCUCCAUGCCCGUGCCCAGUCAGAACAAGCCUCUUGAGCCCAAGUUCCAUUUUAUGGACAUCGAUACGAGCAGUUUGAACGGGAUCGUGUCCCAAAUCACCGUGGACCCCCGAUUGACCCUACUGAAAGAGCAGCCUGAUUUUGCCCAGCUGGUCAAGUUAUCCAUUGAAAAAUCGAUUCAGGAAUGGGCUUCGCCUGUGAUUGAUCGGGCCAUGAAGAUCGCCCUGACCACGAGUGAACAACUCAUCAAGAAGGACUUUGCCUUGGAUCAUGACGAGGCACGUAUGCGGAGCUCUGCACACUCCGUGGUACGCAACCUCAUGGCUGGUAUGGCCAUGAUUACCUGCCGUGAUCACCUGAACAACUCCAUCAAGACCCACAUGAAAAGCUUCAUGGCCUCUCUGGGCACCAAUUUAACGCCGCAACAGCAAGAGCUCAUUGACGCCACGGCCAAUCAAAUCGCGGCCGACAACGUCGAGUUGGCGUGUGCCUUCAUUCAGAAGAAGGCCAUCGAAAAGGCCCUGCCGGAAAUCGACAAGCGUCUCAAGAGCGAGUACGAUAGCCGAAUCUUGGCCAAGAAAGAAGGUCGGCGGUACUGUGAUCCCGUGGCUCUGGCCUACCAAAACGAGCAGAUGCCCGAGGCGAUUCGUAUCAAACCGGGUCAAGUGAUACCCGCGCAAAGGGCGGUUUACGACGAAUACGCCCGACACAUUCCAGGAUUCAAGCCUUUGAGUGAGCGCGAGGCCGCGGCCAUCACUCCGAGAACGCCCAGCGUGGCCGAGACUCCAGCGGGCAAUGUCGCCUCAUCCGUGGCGGGGCCUCAGCCAGGACCGCAGGCGGGUGCGGGGGGCGGACCGCCAAGGCCCAUGGGCGCUAACACGCCUGAACAGACUCCGGACGAGUGUAUUGGUAUCCUGGAUGAGGUCUUCAACAAGAUCAAGGGUUUCGUCGAGAAUUGCACGCACUUGCCCACUAAUCCGCACAUGACCAAUCUCCGUGGACUAUUGGAGUGCAUGGGUCGUGCUAGGCAAUCCAAGGACCCACAGAAUGUGGUUACUCUCGUCCAGAAGGCUGUUGAGAACCUCCUGGAAGGCCUGAUUGCCCAGAACGAGCCAACUCAAAUAGAAACCGAAGCCUUGGCCAGAUAUCGAGACGCCAAUCUCUUGAUCUUCCGCGCCAUCGCAGACAGCCGCGCCUUUGGUCAAGCCUGGACCAAUGCCAAGGUCACGCAAUUCCUCAUCGAGGCCAAGGAAGAGCUCCGCUACAAUCUGGAUGCCGUGAACUCGCUGAUCCAGUUCAGUUUCAUCAACCUCCAGGAGUACGACAAGUACCUGGCAGCUAGCAUGGAGAACGGGGCCAACGUCCUGGCCACCAAGUUCGCCAUGCGCAUCUGUCACGUUUACUUAAUCGAAGACCGCUCCAACGCACAAAUCAUCGAAAGCGACCUAUUCGGCACCAUUGAGGUGCUCCAGAAGAUAUCCAGCUCCUCGCAAAUGCCCCCCGAUGGCCUGUCCAACCUCAUGGAGAUGAUCAAGAUGUCCAGCGAGCGACUGGAACAGAACCUGGCCUUGUCAGGUCCCACCGGCCAACUGCACAGCGGGAUCGUACAAGCCAAAGAGUUUGAGGAUCCACCCGGCCUCCUCGAGAAGACCGAGUUCUUGCUCAGAGAAUGGGUCAACGCCUACCACAGUCGUGAAGCGGGCAAAGACUCCCGACAAGCCUUCAUCGUGUUUGUUCAGCUGAUGAACCAGCACGGCAUCCUGAAAACCGAUGACCUCAUCACGCGAUUCUUCCGCAUGUCGACCCAAAUGUGCGUUGACCUGUGCUAUCGAGCCCUAGGAGAGCAGCAUAACUCGCCGACUUUGGUGCGGGCCAAGUGUUUCCACACUUUGGACGCUUAUGUUCGUUUGAUCACACUCCUCGUGAAGCAUUCCGGAGAGACCCAGAACACCAUCACCAAGGUGAACCUGCUCAACAAGGUGUUGGGUAUCGUGGCCGGGGUGCUGCUCAUCGAUCACGACGUCCGAAAUGUGGAGUUCCAGCAGGUCCCCUACCAUCGGAUCUUCAUCAUGCUGUUCCUAGAGCUGAACUCGCCCGAUCAGAUCCUCGAGACCAUCAACUUCCAAGUGCUCACGGCCUACUACCACAUGCUCCACAUCCUCAGCCCGAGCAAAGCACCGGGAUUCGCCUACGCCUGGUUGGAGAUCGUCUCGCACCGUGUGUUCAUGGGCCGCAUGUUGGCCAGCAUAUCGCAACAGAAGGGUUGGCCGAUGUACUCUCAGCUCUUGGUGGAUUUGUUCAAGUUCCUGUCGCCAUUCUUGCGCAACGCUGAGCUGGCCAAGCCCGUGCACAGAUUGUACCGGGGUACACUGCGAGUCCUGUUGGUGUUGCUGCACGACUUCCCCGAGUUCCUCUGCGACUAUCACUACGGGUUCUGUGACGUGAUCCCACCCAAUUGCAUUCAAAUGCGGAAUCUCAUCCUGUCAGCCUUUCCACGAAACAUGAGAUUGCCCGACCCAUUCACGCCCAAUUUGAAGGUGGAAAUGUUGGCCGAUAUUGCCAUCGCGCCUCGGGCCGUCACCAAUUAUGCGGCCAUGAUCAAGCCCAGCUUCCGCAAGGAGCUCGAUCAUUACCUCAAGAACCGCACGCCCGUCAGCUUCUUGUCCGAUGUGCGGGAGAACCUCCUCGUUGGCAAUGGGGACAUCCCCGGGAAUCGUUACAACAUCCAGCUGAUCAACGCCCUGGUCAUGCACGUGGGCACGUGCGCCAUUCAGCACAUCCGCGCCAAGGGGCAGACCCCGAACAUGUCCACUAUUGCACACUCCUCGCACAUGGACAUCUUCCAAAACCUGGCCGUCAACCUGGAGACCGAGGGACGCUAUCUGUUCUUGAAUUGUAUUGCCAACCAGCUGCGCUACCCCAAUUCCCACACCCACUACUUCUCCUGCACCCUUCUCUACCUGUUCUCCGAGGCCAAUACGGAGGCCAUCCAAGAGCAAAUCACGCGCGUUCUCCUGGAGCGCCUCAUCGUGAACCGGCCCCAUCCCUGGGGUCUCUUGAUCACCUUCAUUGAACUCAUCAAGAACCCGAGCUUCUCAUUUUGGCAACACGAAUUCGUCACGUGCGCUCCGGAGAUCCAAAAGCUCUUCGAAUCCGUCGCCCGUUCAUGUAUGGUGCCCAGAAUGGCGGAUGGGACAAAUGUGAGCAACAACAAUGCCGCCGAUUGAGGCCGCAGGAAUGUCGGCAGGGGUUUCGUGGAGAGGAACCCUUGGUGACCUUCCUUGGCGCCAAAGCGGAGAAGCGCAAAAUCCCCACCCCCGAACACGCGGAAGACUUUAGGGUGGAAUAAUAAUGAUAAGAAUAUUAAUAAUAAUCUAUUAGAUUUUGAGUCCGGAUUGACAACGAGCGGAACGACCCACCGACCGACCAUGGGUGCGUUCUGCUCAUCUCGGGUGGACAGCUCGACGACAGAGGGAAAUCAAUCCAUCCAUCUAUCUAUCUCUCUCUCUAUAUACAUAUAUAUUUGAAACGAAAGGAGUUAUUUUUUCAUGGAGAGAAAGAUGCUUUGGACCACUUCGUUGCUUGUUCACGAUGUUCUCGAGGAAAUAUUGAUGACGCCCCCAGCUACUGUUAAUCCUACAACUCUACUAACGCCACACAAACUAGAGGAAUAGUAUUGAUUAUGACGAUGAUAACAGUAAUGAUAUUUUUGAUUCUGAUCGCCCAAUUGUGAAACUGUCAUGUCAAACUCUCGGCUCUUGUGUAAAUACUUGUACUUGUACAUAAUCCCUCUCUCUUUCUCUCUCCCACACUAACACAGUCCAAAAAUCCGCAAAUAAACUUGUGAAACGUUUUAGCAAACCA